CGGGCUAGAUCGAUCCACGCAACUUAUAUAAGAACCAAUCGUCUGUCUUCUCUGCCCUCUCGUCCAAAACCCUAGCCCUUGCGCCGCCGCCUCCUCCGCCACCCAGCGCUCGAGCUCCUCGCGUCCUGCGAGCGCGCGCCGCAACGCCACCAUGAAGUUCAACAUCGCGAACCCUUCCACCGGGUGCCAAAAGAAGCUGGAAAUCGAUGACGACCAGAAGCUGCGUGCCUUUUAUGACCGAAGGAUAUCCCAGGAGGUCAGUGGUGAUGCUCUGGGUGAGGAGUUCAAGGGUUAUGUCUUCAAGAUCAUGGGUGGAUGUGACAAGCAAGGCUUCCCAAUGAAGCAAGGAGUUUUGACUUCUGGUCGUGUUCGUCUUCUGCUCCAUAGGGGCACUCCCUGCUUCCGUGGUUAUGGCAGGCGUAAUGGUGAGCGCAGGAGGAAGUCUGUCCGUGGUUGCAUCGUGAGCCAAGACCUAUCUGUUAUCAACUUGGUGAUUGUGAAGAAGGGUGAGAAUGAUCUGCCUGGUCUGACUGACACUGAGAAGCCAAGGAUGAGGGGUCCCAAGAGGGCCUCCAAGAUCAGAAAGCUGUUCAACCUUAACAAGGAUGAUGAUGUACGCAAGUACGUGAACACAUACCGCAGGACAUUCACUACCAAGAACGGCAAGAAGGUCAGCAAGGCACCUAAGAUCCAACGGCUUGUGACACCCUUGACCCUCCAGAGGAAGCGUGCUAGAAUCGCUGACAAGAAGAAGAGGAUAACUAAGAAGAAGUCUGAGGCUGCUGAGUACCAGAAGCUUCUUGCCCAGAGGCUGAAGGAACAGAGGGACCGCCGGAGCGAGAGCUUGGCCAAGAGGAGGUCCAAGCUUUCUGCCGCCGUCAAGGCUUCUGCUGCCACCUCUGCUUAAGAAUAUUCAGUGUUUUGGGAUCUUUGUAAGGUCUAUCUCGUUACAGCGAAAGUGCCUCUCUACUUAGAUUUAUGAGUAAUUGUUGCUUUUUUGUAUGAACAUGGUAAUGGCUUGUCGGGGUACCAGAGGUUUACUAUGUUGGUUUAUGCUGUGAACGUAAGCGAGCCAUAUUCUUUGGUAUGCAGUCUGAACUAUAUGUUAACGUUUGGGAUUUUUGUU